AUGGAAGAAGAUGGUAGAAAAUGGGCUCAUCGAGAUGAGGAAGAAUGGCGUAUUGUAUCGACAAUUCAUUAUUACUUGAGGUAAGUCACCAAUUCUUCUGCAAAUUCCAGAAAAAUUCAAAUUUUUAGAGAACAAUUCUACGGUUUGGCACUUCAAAAUUGCACCAAACAGACGCCAAAAAUUUCAGUGCUCAAAGGAGUUUGUCUAACUCUUUUGGGUAAAAUACCUGAAGCUACACGACAUUUGGAAUCGAUCAAUAAUAAGACAUCGGAUGAUGUGGCACUAGGAGUACUGUAUGCAUUGAAAUGGGCACAUUUGUCGGCGUAUAUUCCGGGUAAGAGCACAUUUGAAAUUUGUUCUGAAUGUUUCAAUCUUUAGCACAACAACAUUUUUCCAGACAACAAAUCAAUAAUGGAAAUCGAAACGGAAAUAUCGGAAAAAACACGCGACGAAAAAUGUCCCGCAACUUCUUUCAUCUCAGCCGCCGAAGUGCUUUAUUUCUCCGGCGAAUUUCAAAAAGCCAAACAACUUUUGGAGAGAAUCGCAAGAAAAUCGGCGGAAAAAUAUGUGGAAGAAGUUUGUCUUCUCGCGUGGAUCGAAUUGGCUUUAGGUGAGCAAGAAACAAAAAAUCCAGCGUUGGUUGCGGUAUUGAACUCGCCGCCACCUGCAGGAACGAGGGCCCGAAAAGUUUCCAACGUGAAUUUUCCAGGAAAAAAUCAAAAAUCAACGCUGGAGUUAUUCGAAAAAUGUGCGGGACAAGGAUUUCCGGAUGGAUAUAUUGGAAGAUGUCGAAUUUUGGCUGGACAUCAUUCAGCAAAUGAAAUGAAAACGGUGGCCAAAGAAAUGACCAUUUCAAUGUAUAAUUUUGUGCCGGGACACGUGGAGAAAGCAAAAUCUUGCUUGAUGUUGAAAGGUUAGGAAAUUUAGAAUAUUUUUUGGAAUUUCUAUAGUGAUCACAUGUGGAGAAAUCUCGGAUUUUCCAUCAAAAGUCCCCGGGGUUCUCGUACUCGAUAAGUACUGUAGGUUUUUGCGCAUAGUGUUUGGUGUAUGCACAUAUAAAAAAAAAAUUUCUUUCAUCCAAAUACACUUGAAAUAACAAGUUCACUCAUUUUGAGAUUUCUGAUAAUCAAAUUUUGAAACGUAAAUUUUUCUUGAAAUUCGAAAAAAUUUUGGAGCAAAAAAUCAACGUUGCAAUUUUCAGAUUUCUGACGCCGCAAGUACUGAAAUUUAAAUUGUUUUCAAAAAACCUGAAUUUUGGCGCCAAAAGUUAGAAGUUUGAAAAUUACCUUCAUCUACAGUAACCUUUGAAAAUUUUGUGUUUUUCACGUGGAUUUUUGAGCCUUCUAAAAAAAAUUUUUCAGAAUGGCAAAACGCGCUGGAUUCAAUUCAAAAUUCCAACAUCCCAGAUGCGACAAAUCCAUGUCUCGAAAUUUUACGAACAAUUCAUUCAAUCUGUUUUUCGGGUUUCAAUGGUGGUCUCACAAAUUCCCUAAUGUUAUUACAAAAAUCAUUGGAAGAUGCCGAAUCACAAAAUCACAAAAUUUACUCAAAAAUCGCGAUUUUAUUAGCCUCAAUGAGUGCAAAAGAUCGCACAAUUCUAAUUUCGGCGAAAAGUUUGAUAUCAAAAUCAUUACAAAUUUCGCGACGCCCUGAAUAUUUGGCAGUUGCGUUGAGAAUUGCGACACAUUUGGCUGAACAUCGAGAGGUUUUGUCGAUUUCGAAAGAAUUGACAACAACCGAUUGUGAAGAUUCUUAUGCGAUUCUGUCGAAUUUGUUGGGACUUUUGAUGACGAAUCGAUUGAAAGAUGCGAAAGCGCAGUUUGAAAUUUUGUUGGCAGCACAUCCGAAAUUGGAACAGAGUGUGGUGAGUUGAAGAUAAAUUAAAAAUUUUGAAAAUAUAAUUUUGAUCCCGAAAAUCCACGUUGCAUGCUUUUUUAAAACCUUGUUUUUGUUUCCAGAUUUAUCAUAUAAUCUCUGCAAUAAUCACCAAAAACACGACCAACAAUUUCGAAUCAAUUCGUCAAAAUAUUGAUCAAGCACUCGAAAAUCAUCGAAAACAAAUAUCCGAAUUCCAUCCAUUCUCUUUGGAGUAUUUUCAAAAUUUUGAAUCUGAUAUUUUAUUCACUUUGCUCGAACAAAUCUUUGAUUUUGCUCCCUUGAUUCCUAUCAAAAAUCCUGACGAAGUUUUGAAGAUUAGCGACAAGAUUUUGACGCUUUUGAGUGAUAAUUUGGGAGCUUUGAGUCAUUUGACAUAUCAAUUGGGAAAGUGCAAAUAUUUGGGAUCCAAUUAUUCAGGUUGGUUGUUUUUUGGGGUCAUACAAAUAAUUUGAGAAAUUCAAUAAAAUUCACUGUUUCAAAACUUUCAUGAAAUUAAAAAUUUAAAAAACCAGGGAUUUCUAAUUUUUCUCGUAUUUUUUUCUGCAAAAAAUUUAGACAGAUGGAAUUUUGAAAAUAUAUGUAAUAAUCCUGAAAAAAAUUUCAAAAAAUAAUUAACUGUUUCAAAAUUUACAUGUAAAUAAAACUGAGAAAAAUAUGGGAUUUUUACUGAAUUCGGUGAGAAUAAAAAUGCAAAAAUUUAACUGUUUCAAAAUGUUCCAAUUUUUCAGGAGCCGAGCAAAUGGUCAAAAUAUCACUAGAAAAAAAUGAGACGCUAACAGAUGCCUACAUCCUAAAAUCUCAAAUUAUUCUGGAUCGAGGCGGAAAAAUUCAAGAUGCCGAACUGGCUCUGAACACCGGAAUGAAUUUCAAUUUCUCGUUGAGGGAAACCAGUUUAUAUCACUUGAUUAAGGCGAAAACAUUGAAGAGAAAAGGAGAAAAUGAAGAAGCUGUGAAGGUUUUGAGAGCUGCUCUCAAAUUACCCAAAAAGGAGGCGAGUCUGAAUUUGUUGUUGCCGAAAGAAGCCGCUGAUACGCACAAAAUAUCGGUGCAAUUGGAAUUGAUUGAAACGUUGCAGUUGAUGAGAAGAACGGUGGGUUUUUGAAAUUUGAAUUUUUGGCGGGAAAUUGUGUGACUAAUUUUCAAAUUCCCCCCCCCCAAACUCUCAUUUUUUGCAGGCGGAAGCCGAAUCGGAAAUGUCAUCCGCGUUAUCCGAAUGGUCCGGAAAACCGGAACAAGAUCAAUUAAUCAUCUCACACGCGCAAUUAUACGUUUCAAAGGGACAUGCAGAUAAAGCACUAGCUAUUUUGCAGCAAAUCAAACCGGGACAAUCGAAUUUUCAAAUUUCGCGCAUUAAAAUGGCUGAAAUUUAUUUGAACGAAAAGAAGGAUAAACGAAUGUUUGCUGCUUGUUAUAAGUUAGUUUUUCAAAUUUCAUUUGGGUUCAACUUUUUAGGCUAAAAAUCGCGACCAAAACUUAAAAAAAAACAACAAAAACGCGUUCUCCAUUCGAAAAAAAUAAAAGAAAAAGGGGCGGAGCUUUUUCUCACACAUUUCCCCUCUCUUCUCUAAACCAGGCAAACGUCGGUCGCCUCUCUCAUAUACCUCGAAACGAAAAGAAGAUAUUUUUGAGACCAUACUAUACAGAAUCAUUUCUGCAGUAUGUAUCUCGUAAUUCCCUUUAUUCUGGUAAUGAUGCCAACUGCGAUGAAAGGGAGACGGGCAGAUUGCGAGCGUGAACUAGCCUUUAUGGCUUGAUGACCGCGCAAUUCUGAAUUCAUUUUUGGAGUUGUAGUGAUCUGCUCUUCUGAGCAGUAUAAAUAUGGAAUUUUUGAAAUGAAAUCUUUCAGCUAGAAAUCUUCAGAUUUCUCCAAUAAAUAAAUACCAUCUAUUAUUUGCAGUGAAAUAAUCGAGGCAGAUGUUUCAUCAUCAGCCUAUUCAACAUUGGGAGAUGCUUUCAUGUCAAUUCAAGAACCCGAACAAGCCAUAAAAUGCUACGAAACUGCUCUAAAAAUGCAAAACAAGGACGCAUUAUUGGCUGAAAAAAUUGGUGAAGCUUAUGUGAUGGCACAUCUCUAUGCAAAAGCUGUCAACUUCUACGAAUCCGCCAUGAACAUCUAUAAGGAUAAAAAUAUGCGACUGAAACUGGCGGAUUUGUUGCUGAGAUUGCGGAAUUUCGAAAAAUGCGAGCGGGUUUUGCGACAACCGCUGGAAAAAGAUUCGAAUGCCACGUUGGAUUUGGAGGAGACACAGACACAGGUUCAAUUUUUGACGCAAUUGGCACAAUUAUAUCAACAAAAAGAACAGUGGGAUGAGGCUUUUGAUUGUUUUACGAAGUAGGUGAUAAAAAAAUUUAUAUAGAAUUUCCUACACAAAAAUUAACUGUUUCAAAAUUUUUUCAAACUUGGGAAGUUCGACUAUCUUUAUUGAAGCUGAAAUAACACAAUUCGAAUUUUUUCAGAGCUAAAAAUCUGCUGCUUCGAUUGCAGAGCAAAACCGAUGCACAAUUGACGAAUUUAGUGAAGCGAGAAGCUGGAAAGUGAGUUUUUCACCGAAAAUAACCGAUUUUUAUCUAAUUUCUCACAAAAUUUCUUCCAGAAUUCACUAUCUCACAGCAGAUUUGGCAAUGCGACGACGUGACACACAAAAAGCGAUAAAUGAAUAUAAAGAUGCGAUAAGUCUAAACGAUCAAGAUAUUCGAAGUUUUUUGGCGUUGGCACAAAUCUAUAAGCAACAAAAUAAAUUGCAAUUAUGCACACAGAUGUGUGAUACGGUAUUGCAAUUAAAUCGAGAUAAUGAUGAGGCGACACUGGUGAGUGAAUUUCAGUAGAGGAUUUUUGGGGGUGGAAAAAAAGAUGGGAAACUUUACAAUUUUUUGGCGUAAUAAAUAAACCACGUACAACGUAAUAAACCACGUGUCAAAUCUGCAUCUUUCUUGCAUCGAUGGCAGAUUUUUAAUUAUGUAGAAAUUUUACAAAAAUAAUUGCAGAAAAAUCCAAUAUUGUUUUAUUGAUUUUUUGAAACAGUGAUAAUUUCAGACUCCAGAAAAAUUAAGAAAAAAAUUUACUGUUUCAAAUUUUUGAGAUAAAAAUUCAAUUUUGUUUUUUUUUAUAUAAAAUUUAAAUGGGUAGCAAAAUCAAAUAAAUAUUCCAUAAAUUGGAAUUUGUUAAAAAUUUGAAACAGUAAAGUUUUUUUUUGAGAAAUAAUAUUUUUUUUUCGCAGAUGAUGGGCGAUUUAUUGCAUCUGAAAAACGACGCCGAACAAUCGGCAAUUCAUUUUCAAUAUUUAUUGGGUCGAAAUCCGAAUCAUUAUCAUGCAAUGGAAAGAGUUAUCGAAAAUGCGUGGAGAACUGGAAAUCAAACACAAGUUGAUGAAUAUUUUAGGUUAGUUUUUGGCAAAUAAUUUUCAAAUUCAAUAAAUUCAAAAAAAAAUCACUGUUUCAAAAAUGUAUUAAAUUUUUCGGAAGAAUACAAAAACGGUUACAAUUCGUUUGUAUUAUCAGACCACCCGUUUUUCUUUUUCAGUGCCGCUUUGGAAUCAAAUCCACGUGCCACAACACACGCCGGAUAUAAUUAUUGUAAAGGAAUUCAUGAAAGAUAUUGUGGUGAUUGGAACACGGCAUUACAAUGUUUUAAUCGAGCAAAACGAGAUUCGGAAUGGCGCGAAAAAGCUAUCUAUAAUAUGAUUGAUAUUUGCUUGAAUCCGGAUAAUUUGUUUAUUGGUGUUGAAGAGGGUGUGGAUAAUGGUGAGUGCGAAUUUUUGGAGAUAUCGGCAUAUUUUUCUGGGUUCUGAAUUCUUUGGGCUAUUUAGUUUUUUUUCACUGUUUCAAAAUUUUCUUCAUUUUUCGAAGACUUGGGAAAUCAUUCAAUGAGCAGAAUCUGGACGGAAAAAAAACUUUUUGAACAAUUUUUUUUGAUUUGGAAAAAAAUGUGCAACAAAAAUGGACUGUUUCAAAAUUUUCUCAUUUUCAAAACUUCAAUGUUUCGUUAACUUGAACCAUAAAUAAUCCGGAAAGUUUUUGCUUUAGAAAUCUUUUCAAAAAAUACUAUAAAAAAUUGACUGUUUCAAAAUUACUUCAUUUUCAAACAAAUAAUUUUCCCAUUCAAAAACUUUCAGAUUUGCUCGAUUCCAGCUCAGAUCGUGCAAUGGGCACAAAAACCGCCGAGAAAUUCUUGGAAGAGCUGAAAUACAAACCAAAUGUUGAUAGUCGAUAUGGUUUGAUGGAAAAUUUCAUUUUAAUUCAUACCGGAAAUAAAUCGAAUAUCAAUCAAGCUCUCAAUGUUUUCAUUUCUUUGGCUGGUGAAACUGAUCCAGUUCAAAGUGUUGGUGCAGUUUAUGGUGCAGCAAGGGCGUUUAUUUUAUUGAAACAACCACAGAAAGCAAAAACUAUGUUGAAAGUGAGUUGUAGAUUAGAAUUUAGGUCAUUUUGAUAUCAAACAAGAUUGGGUCACUGUAGACAUGAUAAAAGUAAUUUAGAAUUUGAAGGGACAUAGACUCGCACACAGCGCUCGUGUCCAUUUGCGGAAUUUCGACCUAAACUGGCUUCGUUCGGAAAAAUUCUAGGUUACUGUGCUGUUCACGUUUUUUUCCAGCCAAAACUACUGUAGGUUUAGAAUUUGAAAAAUUCGUGGAAAAAUCCAGAAUCUACAGUAUCCCGAGUGAGCGAGUGUAGAUCAACACUCCACACAAGUCCCUUUUUAAUUCUAGAGUACAGUACCUUGUGAUCUACAAGACCCAGCGAAUUUUCUACAGUAACCCAAAUUCAAUUUCGAAACUUUUUUGCAGCGAAUCAUAAAUCACCCGUGGAGUUUGGACGAUGCAGAAUAUCUGGAAAAAUGUCGUCUCCUUUUGGCCGAUUUGUACAUUUCGCAAAACAAACACGAACAAGCGGCGAAAGCUUUGGAGUCGAUUUUGCAGGUAAAUUUGCCACGUGGCACCAAUAUUAGAAUUUUUUAAUUUUUCAAAUCAAAUCCAAGUUUAUUGUUUCAGCACAAUGCGAGUUCGCUGAAAGCCUUCGAAUUCUUUGCGCAUCUCAAAGAAAAAGAUCAAAAAUUCGCAGAAGCUUACAAAUUCUACGAAAAAGCCUGGAUGAUUUCGCGACAAACAAAUUCUGCAAUCGGCUAUAAAUUAGCCUGGAAUUAUCUGAAAUGCAAGAAAUUCUUCUCGUGUAUUGAGAUUUGUCAUCGAGUUUUGGAAAAGGAACCAAAUUAUCCGAAAAUUAAAAAAGAAAUUAUGGAUAAAGCCAGAGCACAGAUUCGAACAUAA